UCGCAUGAGGUCUCUGACAUCAACUCGCCUCGAUACGGAGAACUCCAUUCUGACACUGACAGCAGACGUUGCGAAGGUCACGCAGGGUUACGCGAGGAACUAUUGAGACCGAGUGCUUUCUCUAAAAUCUUUUGGACCAUUUAACAAGGCGUUUACGUCCACUGCUAUCAUCAUGCUACCACGAUUCCUCAAGCCCACUAUAAAUGUCGCUCAACAAGGUGCUAAGCGCUUGUCCACCAGCGCCAAGCGUGAUACUAAAGUUGCUGUUAUGGGCAGUGGCGGCAUCGGUCAACCACUGUCGCUGCUUCUCAAACAGUCGCCCCUUGUUAGCGAAUUGUCGCUGUAUGAUAUCGUGAACACACCGGGUGUCGCCGCCGAUCUCUCGCACAUAGAUACGCCUGCAAAAGUUAAAGCUUACACCGGUCCGGAACAGCUCAAAGAUUCCCUUAAAGGUGCUCAGGUCGUUAUCAUACCUGCCGGUGUCCCGCGUAAACCUGGCAUGACCCGUGACGAUCUUUUUAAUACAAAUGCCUCCAUUGUUCGCGAUCUGGCCGUUGCGAUAGCUGAAGUAGCGCCGAAAGCCUUGGUGGGAAUCAUCUCGAAUCCCGUCAACAGCACGGUGCCGAUCGCGAGCGAAGUGCUGCAGAAAGCCGGUGUUUACGAUCCCAAUCGUAUAUUCGGAGUAACUACUCUGGAUAUUGUUAGGGCAAAUGCAUUCAUCGCAGAAGCAAAGAGUCUUGAUCCAAAGAACACGAGCGUUCCUGUCAUCGGUGGACAUAGUGGCAUCACUAUUAUUCCCUUGAUCUCGCAGUGCACUCCGUCAGUUUCUUUCCCGGACGCUCAGUUGAAGGCGCUCACCGAGAGGAUUCAGGAGGCCGGCACUGAGGUUGUCAAGGCCAAGGCGGGCACUGGAUCUGCGACGUUGUCCAUGGCUUACGCCGGCGCGCGAUUCGGUAUUUCGUUAAUCAGAGCGCUCAACGGAGAAUCUGGUAUCAUCGAGUGCGCAUAUGUCAGGUCGAACGUCACCGAUGCCAAAUAUUUCUCCACGCCAGUGGUCUUAGGCAAAAAUGGACUUGAGAAGAACUUGGGCACCGGCAAACUGAGCAGCUUCGAACAGAAACUGCUGGAUGCCGCGAUCCCGGAGCUUAAAAAGAACAUCCAGAAAGGCGAGGACUUUGUAAAUAAGAAGUGAGAUCCAUCGAACUUGACUAGAUAAAGCGUAAUUCACGAAUUGUACAAGAAAAUUGUCCGUCUUCAUUGUUCAUCGUGCAAUGAGCGCGGAAACCUACAAAUAUAUCUUUUGUCCCGACCUGCUGAUAUGUACGUAAAUGCAUAGUGUUUCAAGAAAUUAUCAGAGAUAUUUAUAAUGUUCAAAUAGUUAUACACGAUAAAUGAACUGCCAAGCAAAACUACAGAUGUAUAAAAUAGGGGAUAAAUGAAGUUAUAGAAUAUCAAAAUUGCAAACGCAAUUUUCACUCGAGAAACAAUGUAGCAAUAAACGCUAUAUCAAU